AUGAUGAAUGUAAGCACUAUCCUUGAUGAUAGUAUGAACACAUAUUUUCAAUGUAAAAAUGGUCAAAAUGUGUUAUGGACAUCUGUAUGUGAUGGUCGCAACCAAUGUACAGAUGGUUCAGAUGAACAUAAUUGUUAUUGCCAAGGUGAUAUCUAUGCUUGUUUACAUGGCAAUAAUGUUAGUUGCAGAGUAGCAUGUACUACAUAUGGCCGUGUAACUUGUUUAACAUAUCAAAAUACACGUGCUUGCGAACAGUAUAUUCGAGAACGUAGUACUACUAGUUAUCUUGAUACAAAUUCCGCCGGUGAUUCAUCUUUAUCAACAAAUAGUUUUGAUGCACUUCGAUAUUCAGCUUUUCUAGCCGGCGGUAUUCUACUAUUUGUUUCUCUUGUUUCCUUACUUAUUUAUAUUAUUCGUAAAAAUCCUUCUCAACUAUUAUUCUUUUGUACUAAUAAGUCAUUAAAUGCGAUUUCGACUCGAAAAUCAACCAAUCGAUUAACAUUACAAUCAUCUAUUUUACAACAGCAUCAUCAACGGCCACCAUCACCUUCAUUAAAUCCACCACGUCCACGCUAUACACCAGCACCUGAUCUCAGUGAUUUACCACCAUCGUAUUAUGCAGAUCGAAAUCAAAUAUCAACGGGUGAUUGUUAUGAACCGCCACCUUAUCCUGGUCCACCGUUAUUUUCAUCAGUGCAACGUUCCGAUUCGAUCUAUUAUGAAACGAUAAAAACUCCAUCAACGUCAAAUUCAAUGUCUAUGCUACAUCCAAUGCCAUUACCUGAGCCACGAGCUUUUUCAAAUUCUCGAACACAUCGUGUGUAA